AUGACAAAAUCAACUCCAACCAGCCCUCUCUCCCUCUGCCUCUUCCUCUGUUUCAUCUUCUCGCUUCCAUUUCACGCCUCACCAUCACCGACCACAGAGGCGCAAGCUCUUGUCAAAUGGAAGAACUCUCUCUCUCCUCCUCCUCCACCACCUUCUCUGAGCUCAUGGUCACUCACCAACAUCCCCCAUCUCUGCAACUGGACUGGCAUUGCCUGCAACGGGGGCGGGUUGGUCACAGAUAUCAGCCUCUCUGGCUCAAGCCUCAACGGCACGCUCGAUGCGCUCGACUUCGCUUCAUUCCCGAACCUGACCCGCUUUGACGUCAGCAACAACAAUCUCGAGGGCCCAAUACCGUCCUUGAUCGGCAAUCUAUCCCAGCUCGGGUUCUUGGACCUGGCGGGAAAUUUCUUCGAAGGGGCGAUUCCUCACUCCAUUGGACAAUUGAGAAAGCUUGAAAAGCUUGAUUUGACCCUAAACGAGUUGACCUCUUCGAUCCCUUCGGAACUCGGGCUCUGUUCUAACCUCACCUUCUUAGCCCUUGCCCAGAAUUCGAUCUCUGGGGAGCUGCCUCUCUCACUGUCCAAUCUGGUUAGAUUGUCAGAAUUUGGAGCUUCAGAGAAUCGUCUGUCUGGUGAGUUACCGCCUGAAUUCUUCACGAAUUGGACCAAACUUAUUUCUCUGCAGCUCCAGAACAAUUUUCUCUCCGGGCAAAUUCCGACUGAAAUCCGAAGCUUGACCAAGCUCAAUUGCCUCUUCAUGUACAGCAAUUGGCUAUCCGGGAAAAUUCCGCCCGAAAUUGGAAGCCUGACCAAGCUCAAUUACCUCUCCUUGGAAAACAAUUCGCUCUCCGGCCCAAUCCCAGGGAUUGGGAGCCUCAAGAAUUUGCUUCAGUUAGACCUCUCAAUGAACAAUCUCUCCGGGCAAAUUUCACCCGAAAUCGGAAGCCUGACCAAGCUCAAUUUCGUCAACAUGCGCAGCAAUUUGCUCUCAGGGACUAUUCCUCCGGAGGUCGGGAAUCUCACAUUAUUGACCGAUCUCGACCUCAGCAUGAACCAGUUUUAUGGAGAGGUCCCCGAGACCAUCUCUCGCCUUGCUAACUUACAGUGGAUCUCUUUGUUCACGAACAAUUUCUCGGGAGGAAUACCACGUGAUUUCGGCAAGUACAGCCCUUCUCUUAUGUAUGUUGCCUUUUCACACAACAGCUUCACUGGAGAACUGCCGCCAUAUUUGUGCAGUGGCUUUGCUCUUAUAUAUCUCAUGAUCGAUGGGAAUAACUUCACGGGGCCGCUGCCCGACUGUUUGAAGAAUUGUUCGUGGCUAACGAGAGUCCGUCUAGAGCACAAUCAGUUGACUGCAGAUAUCAUGAGUGCGUUCGGAGUUUAUCCGAAUCUGGUCUUUAUAAGACUCAACAACAACCGAUUUGUUGGGAAUCUCACGGCACAAUGGGGAGAGUGCACAAAUCUCACGAAUUUCCAGAUAGAUGGUAACAAAAUUGCCGGCCGCAUCCCCCCGGAGCUUGGAAAGUUGUCUCAGUUGCGUGUCCUGACUUUGUACAACAAUGAAUUGACUGGGAAAAUUCCUGACGAGAUAGGAAAUCUAGGGGAGUUGCUUAACUUGAACUUGAGCAACAACCAUUUGGUCGGAGAUAUUCCCAUCUCGUUAGGAAACUUAUCGAAGUUAAAUUAUCUUGAUUUGUCGAAAAAACGCAAUGAGUGGUAG